UAUUCUUCAGUUCGUUUUGAGCAGUCGAUCGACUCGCACGUAAUAUUACCGCGUAACCGUUCAUUCUAUGAGUUUUCUUAAAUAGACGUAAAAUUCUAACAAGGAAUAAUUAAUGAUGCCGGACCAGGAAUUGGAAUGGAACACAGCCCUCGUUCCGAUAAAGGAUUGGUUGGUCAAACAACCUCAUCUACCCAACGAUAUAGGUGAUGUGCUCCUUCGUCGAUUCUACGUGAGCUGCGAUCGUUCUAUGGAGCGAGUAAAGAGAACGAUUGAUCUGUUCUUCACAAUCCGAUCAACAGCACCAGAACUGUUCCUUAAAAGGGACCCCUGGGCGCCGGAAAUACGAAGAGUCUUUGAAAUAACUGACAUGUUGCCGCUACCAAAUAAGACGAAGGAGAACUACAAAGUAUUUGUAUACCGUCUGAACAAUCCCGACUACGAUCUGUUCAACUUCAUAGACGCUAUCAAGGUGUUCUUCAUGUUGGCUGACACUCGACUCACAGAGGAAGACGAUAUUCCUUCAGGAGAAAUACCGAUAUUCGAUGCUACGAACGUCACCCUCAAAUUCAUGGGAAAAAUCAAUCUGACAGUACUCAGGAAAUAUAUGCUUUACACACAGGAAGCUCUGCCAAUAAGACUAAAACAGGUUCAUAUAAUAAACGCUCCGCCUUACAUCGGGAAGUUAUACGCGAUUUGCAAACCGUUCAUCAACACUGAGGUCGCUAAACUGAUAAAAUUCCACGAGCCGAAUUCAAGCACGUUGUACGAAGACGUACCAGUUGAGAUAUUACCGGACGAACUCGGAGGUUCCGCUGGCACCAUCGAGCAGAUCAAGAAGUACUGGAUCAAGAGAAUCGAAGCCAAGAGGGACUGGUUCCUCUCGAAUGACAAAGAGUGGUGUGUGGAUGAGGCGCUUCGUCCCCGAGAAACCACGAGGGAUGAAAGGACUACUGACCUCCCCGGAUCAUUCCGAUCACUAGCCUUCGAUUAAUGACCACAACAUAUAAUAAAGCGAUUUAAGCAAUACAGCUUCUAGACUAAAGCGACUACGUAAGCGAUGCAGACCUAUAUAUGGCGUAGUUCCAUCUAAUUAGUAAACAUUUUCCACAUCAGCGAGAGCUUCUAGACUAAAGCGAUUAUCACUAUGCAAGCGAUACGAUGUAUGACGUAAUUGUAUUUAAUUCUCAAACAUUUUCCAUAUAAUCUAAACCUUAUGUGACACUGAAACUAUGUUACACGAUAAUCAAAUUGCAUGUGCUUUUAUACUGAUCGUAGGGGGAUCGAAAUUUAAAAAAAAACAGCAAUUUCAUCAGGUGGCGAUAAACAUUGGUUUUAAAUAGCGUUAGUAUAAAAUUUUAUGACAUUUUUUAGAUUCAAAGAGUUAAUUGAACAAAGUAUUUCAUAUACUUAUAACAAAUUUAACUGUCACUGAACCCGUGACAGUUAUUGUCUACUAUGCUAUUAAAACGACAAUUAAAAUUAUUAACUAAAAUAUACAUAUAUCAUCUUAUUUAAUGAAAUAAUUUAUAUUAUAUCAAUUAGUUUUAAGGAUUUAUUUUUUUUCCUCUUAUAUUCACGUUACCAUUGUCCUAUGUUAAAAAAUAUCAAAUAUAAGAUUAAAAAUAUUUUAUUAAAA